GGAAGCAUGUGGUACGACCUGUGGGAGCUGGCACCAGGUGGGAAACGUGUGCUGUUGCGGCACCAGGCAUGGAAUGACGCCGACGGACAGCUGUGCACGGUUAUGGUCAAGCCCGAGUACCAGUCGCUACUAGGGGCAGAGGUUCUCAGUGCACUUGAGCAGAUCCGGCAGAUGGCACGGCUGUCACUUUUUCCACGAUUGCUGAGAGUGAGAGUAGAAGUGCAGAGCGGCCACGUGUUGCUUGUGGAGGAAGUCAAGAGUGAACCUGACCACAAGGAUCUCAGGUGCGUUCCAAUGCCUGCCGCUGAAAUGCUGUGA